AUGCACGCCGCCCUGGCAGGGCCGCUGCUCGCCGCCCUCCUGGCCACCGCCCGCGCCCGCCCGCAGCCCCCGGACGGAGGACAGUGCCGGCCGCCCGGAUCGCAGAGGGACCUGAACUCCUUCCUGUGGACUAUUCGGCGUGACCCCCCGGCCUAUCUGUUUGGCACCAUCCAUGUCCCCUACACCCGCGUCUGGGACUUCAUCCCGGACAACUCCAAGGCAGCCUUCCAGGCCAGCGCCCGCGUCUACUUCGAGCUGGACCUGACCGACCCCUACACGAUCUCAGCGCUGGCCAGCUGCCAGCUGCUGCCGCACGGGGAGAACCUGCAGGACGUGCUGCCCCGCGAGCUCUACUGGCGUCUAAAGCGCCACCUGGACUACGUGAAACUGAUGAUGCCGUCUUGGAUGACACCUGCACAGCGGGGCAAGGGGCUCUACGCCGACUACCUAUUCAACGCCAUUGCGGGCAACUGGGAGCGCAAGAGGCCGGUGUGGGUGAUGCUCAUGGUGAACUCGCUCACGGAAACCGACGUUCGCUCCCGUGGUGUGCCAGUGCUUGACCUUUACCUAGCCCAGCAGGCUGAGAAGAUGAAGAAGAGCACCGGGGCCGUGGAGCGCGUGGAGGAGCAAUGCCAUCCGCUCAAUGGGCUCAACUUCUCCCAGGUGCUGUUCGCCCUGAACCAGACUCUGCUGCAGCACGAGAGCGUGCGGGCCGGGAGCCUGCAGGCGCCCUACACCACCGAGGACCUCAUCAAGCACUACAACUGCGGGGACCUCAACGCCGUCAUCUUCAACCACGACACCUCCCAGCUGCCCAACUUUAUCAACACCACCCUCCCGCCACACGAGCAGGUCACGGCCCAGGAGAUUGACAGCUACUUCCGCCAGGAGCUCAUCUACAAGAGGAAUGAGCGCAUGGGGAAGAGGGUCAUGACGCUUCUGCAGGAGAACGAAGACAAGAUCUGCUUCUUUGCCUUCGGAGCAGGUCACUUUCUGGGGAACAACACAGUCAUCGAUGUCCUUCGGCAGGCAGGGCUGGAGGUGGAGCACACGCCUGCAGGGCAGACCAUCCAUAGCCCUGUCGCCGGGAGCCCUGCACCUCCACCCGCGGGGACCUCGGCGAGCCCCGCCUCAGCGACCCCAGCUGCUGCCCUGCCCGCGGCCCCAUCGGCGCCCCCCACCGCCCCACCGGAGGAGGAGGACCCAGCGCUGUCCCCACACCUGCUGCUCCCCGACAGCCUCAGCCAGCUGGAGGAGUUUGGACGGCAGAAGAAGUGGCUCAAGCGGCAGAACAAACACCAGCGGCCGCGGCAGUUCAGUGACCUCUGGGUGCGCAUCGAGGACAGCACCACAGCCUCGCCACCCCCACAGCCCUUCCAGACCACGCAUAGCUCCGGGACCGCCAAGCCCCCCUUCCAGCUCUCCGACCCACUCCAGCAGCAGGAAGAGCCAGCACCCGCCAGCAGCUCAGCGCCCGGCCGCUCCCUGGCCGCCCUGAGCUUGCUCCCUGCCAUUGCUGCCAGCAUAGUAGCCUCCUUCCUGCUGCACACCCUCGGACCCUCCUGACCUCGGCCGCAUGCCUGCCCGGAGCAGAGAAAGA